AUCCCAGCGGAUCCCGGCGGAUCCCGGGGAGGGGAGCGGCCGCGCUCCUUCCGCCGGCCGCAGGAAGCAGGAAGGGAGCCCCGGGCGCUGCGAACCAUCGCGGGCUCUGCUGCAGGUGCUCGGCAUCGGGGGGAGCCGCAGCCAUGGCCCCCUGCAGGAUUUUGGGUUUUUUGGCCCCAAAGAGGAAUUAAUUGCCCAUCGGAUCCAGCCAUCCCAAACGCAGCUUGGGUGGCUUCUCCCCGGCUUCAGGGGCAGGCGCCAUCCUGUGUUGGAGCUGGCAGUGCAGGGUUGAGGGUUGAUGAUCUCGGAUGUCUUUUCCAUCCCUGAUGAUUCUGUGAAUUCCGCCCUCCCAUCUCCUCCGCAGGUCUUUGCUCUUCUCCCUCCCUGUGGAGAUGGUGGUCCUGCAGGCUGGGCUCUGCCCUGGUCUCACUGAAGAGAUGCUGCAGCUUCUCAGGGCUAAUGGCAUCAGGACAGGCGCUGGUUGCAGUCAGAAGAGUGCUCCUGGCCCAGUUCUCUGCCUUCCCUGCCAAUGGAGCAGACCUCUACGAGGAGCUCAAGAGCUCCACUGCCAUCCUGCCCACUGGCAGUCCAAGCCUGGACCAGCUGCUGGACUCGGGGCUGUACACGGGGGAGCUGACAGAGCUCAUGGGAGCACCGGGCAGUGGGAAGACACAGGUGUGUCUGGGCAUCGCAGCCAGUGUGUCCCUGGGCCUCAAGCAGCACGUCCUGUUUCUCGACUCCACGGGGGGUUUCACUGCCUCCCGUCUCUACCAGAUACUCCGAGCCCAGACAGAGGAUGAGGAAGAGCAGCUGGAGGCUCUGCAGCGGGUGCAGGUGGUCCGUGUGUUCAACAUCUAUGAGCUGCUGGGUGCCUUGCAGGAGCUGCGGGAUCGCCUCUCCCAGCAGGCUGUGAGCUCCGUGGGACCUCUCAAGGUGGUGUUGCUGGACUCGGUGUCGGCUGUGAUUUACCCUGUGCUGGGUGGCAGGCAGGCAGAGGGUUUGGCCCUGAUGAUGCAGCUCUCCAGAGAGCUGAAGACCCUGGCCAGGGAGUUCAGCCUUGCUGUUGUGGUGACCAACCAGGUGACAAGGGACAGCAGCACUGGCCAGCUGAAGCCAGCCCUCGGCCGCUCCUGGAGUUUCGUGCCCAGCACGCGGGUGCUGCUGGAGAGCAGAGAAGCCAGCUGGGAGAGAGCCUCCACACAACGUGCUGCUUCCCUGGCAAAGUCACCCCGGCAGCCAGCAGGGAUCCAGGUGGAGCUGGACAUUGGAAAUGGUGUCGUGUUGGAGCCGAGCCUGGUGACACCCACACAGGGACUCUGAUGGCAUGGAAAAACAAAUGUCACAAGGUUCAAGAGAGCUGCACAAAAGCAGGCAAGCAUUGAAGGUUUUACAAACUGACUGAGAGUCCUGCAGCCUUGGGAAGGACAGACACGAAAAAUCUCUUGUUCUUCUGCCCUGAGGAAAAACUGAGUGUGGGGUUCCCUGGAGACCUCUGUGCCAACAGAUACUGUCUGCAGUGGCUGGGCUGUGAGGACAGCCAGGUCCUGCCCUCUGCUGCAGGCUUGUCUUCACCCCCCAGAGCCAGCCCUGUCCUCAGGUGUUGUGUGGGAUCAGCUGCCUUGUUCCUGCACAGCCCCACAACUCCCCGUGCUGGUUUUAUUCCCCCCGCGGAUCGCUGCCCUCUGGUCCUGGAGUUCUGAUCAUCCUCAGGCCCACAGUGGGCUUGGUUCGGAAAUAAAAGGAAAAGAAAGCUGUUGCACAUUGCAGUGGUUGUUGAGAGCUGCAAUUCAAUUAAUGACAGCUGCUCUGAACUUAAUUAAAAUGUUGAGCAGCACUGGGGUGGGACAGGCUGCUGAUGAGCAGAGAAAUAAUGAGAUGCUUGAUCUUCCCUCCUCCCCAGAGUAACACCAAGCCCUGUGGGGACCUGCUGGUGUUUUUUGGGGAACAGCUGGACUGUGUAAAGGCUUGCUGAUAACUGAUGGAGGUUCUGAUCUGGAUUAGCUGAGGCAGAUGGGUCCUGGCUGGCACCAACUGGUCCUGCUUGAUGCUCAAGGACCUAUUCAAUUGCAUGUGGUGAUGUUUAAAAUAAUCAUCCUGUGCUCCAGUGCUUUGCAGCUGCUCCUGCCUGCUCUUGGCAACCUCCCGAGGAGAGGGCAGGCUUGGAUGUGGAGUUUCCUCUUGAUCCCAGAUGUCUCAGAUACCCUCAGUUUAAGAGACCUUCUUGGCAGGUGAGCUGAGCCAUGGCUUGCACUUCAAGGCAGCUGAUGGAGAGUUUGGGGGCUGGGACUAAUUAGGGCAUGAUCAUUAAACUAAUAACACAGCACCACAGCUCCUGGAGCCUUCUAAGGCCAUGCUUGGCACAU